AUGUCAAACCGUUAUUCGGUCUUCUCCACGCAGUCCGCGGGUCUCUCAGCCGGACCCAGACCACAACAUGGAACUCAGGUGUCAACAACAACAUUAUUGAAUGCCCUCCAUUCCUUUUAUACUGCAGGCCAACCAUAUCAACUAGACUCCGCCACGACUCUGGUUGUGAAUACAUGGGUGACCGCAGCAACCACUUUACCCGAUGGCCGAACUGGCGCCACGGUCGAUCGUGAUCUAGCUAUCAGAGCUUGGGAACAUGCCCGACGCCGCGCCGAGGAUGGCUGUGUUGUCCUAGGCGCUCUUCAUCAAUCCACACCCUCAUUGCUAGAACCGUUUAUCACGGCGAUCCCGGUGGAAACACCUGAGGUAGCUCUGACCGCGCUCUCCGCUCUACGACCCUUCCUCACUGCAGUUACCUCGUUCAACCCAUCCUACUCUCUUCAUUCGGCGUUGGCCGCCACUUACACUUUGUCUUUGCAAGGAUCCGUCGUUGGUCUCUCCUUUGCCUUGUCCACCUCCGGCAUUAAUGUGCACAAGGGUCUCCUAGAAAUUCAACCGGAGACCGGCUACCGUGCGUUUGAUGCCUUCUACUAUCUCCUCACCUCUACAUCAACGGCUGCGGAGCGUGAAUUUUUGGACCUGAAAAACCCGGCUGCAUAUACCUUGCUCAACCGAUCAAACACAUAUGAUCCUCCACACUAUCUACCCACAGCCGAUGAUGCUGCGGCAGCGGAAGAUUUCCGUGCUUCCUUGAAGGCUAUUGGCAUCAAAGGUGCUGCUCAACGAGGUUUACUAUCAGUCCUUGCUGGUCUCCUGAAACUCGGCAAUUCAGUUGGGUUCGAGGUGGACCAGGAAGAUCUGGAAGAAGUCUGUGAGGAUGCUGGAGGUCUUCUGGGAAUUGAUCCAGAGAUCCUCCUUCAUAAAUGUUCCACCGAUGAGCGGGAAGUGUUGAUCGCCGGAAUCUACGAGGCUCUUGUGGAUUGGGUCAUCAGCAAAGCAAACGAAGCCAUCACAGCUGAGAUUCAGGUUGCAUUGGAAAAUGAUUCCAGCAACGGGGGUGGUGCAGCACAAUGGUCAAACGACGACACUGUCAACCUGACUGUAGUCGAUAUUCCACGACCAGCUCUCGGUAAAGCGAUCAUGAUGAGAGGCAUCUUUGACGAUGGUCUUGGUCUUAAUGCAGAAAUGAAGGAUGAUGGAAUUCCUCUCCCGCCCAUUGGAGCUUCUGUCAUUAGCGAAAUGAACUCCGCAGUGGCCCAAGUUGAACCAGACCUUAAUAUCACCACAGGCCUUGCCGGGCGAGAACGGGAACACGAUCUUGACAAGCGGCAGGGGGUACUAGAAAAGGUUGGUGUUGAACUUGAGAUUGACGCCUUUCUCCGACGCAUUCUUUUCCCGGUUGAUACCGAAGGUAUCUCCGUGGGAAAACGUGGCCGAUUCGAUCUUCCCACCACUCUCAACAGUAGCCGUGUUUGGUACCACCUCUCCCUCCAUCCGACUGAUGACAUGCCAGAGCAGCUCGCGUCAUCGGCACCUACAGCAUGGUCUGCGGGUGCAGUCUCCCGCCAAUUGCGAGACUGGCGACUCCCAGAAUGGGCCAACCGUCGCUUGAAGCAACUCGAUUUCACCGCCGAUUUCGACGUGGAGGAGUUUGUCGGUCGGUAUGCGCGACUCGGUUGCGCCGAAGGCCAGGAUGGUGUUGAGAACUGGAUCAUCGAGAGAGGCUGGAGCAAUGGCGAUGCUGUCGUUGGUGAACAGCGCGUGUGGAUGCGCGAGGGGGCGUGGUGGGAAGCGGAGAGUAUGCUGGAUCUUAAGCCAGAAGAGACUCACGUGAAUCCGUUCAUGUACGGCCCUGCGUUGUACGAGCCAGGCUUCACCCCAGAUGGCACUGCCAUCAAUGAAAAUUCCAAUCUUCUCGCCAUGCCACCUGGUGGCGCCGGGGCCCCGAGUGUCAUGGGCGGUGCCAAAUCCAUCGCCCCCAGUGCGCCAUUCACCAACGCCGCCAAUGCUGGUGACUACGGCUUGGGACGGAAAGGUGACGAUAAAAAGGGAGACAUUGCAUACUACGACGAAUAUGGCCGCUACAUCGGCGAAUUCGACCCUGAGUUCGGUGAUCCGAAGCACAUUGAGAAGAAAACCAUAACCUUGGGCCGUCGACUCUGGACUGGUUUUGUCUGGGCCCUAACGUUCUGGAUUCCUUCUUUCGUGCUUCGAUACGUUGGCCGUAUGAAACGCCCGGAUGUCCGCCUGGCCUGGCGAGAAAAGCUCGUCCUUGUGUUAUUGAUUCUAUUAUUUAACGCCGUUGUCUGCUUCUAUAUCAUUGCAUUUGGUGACCUUCUCUGUCCCAACAAGGACAAAGUCUGGAAUGAGAGGGAAGUCAGCUGGCACACAACUGACGAUAACUUCUUCGUCGGCAUCCACGGCCGUGUCUACGACAUCAGCAAAUUCUGGCGCACACAACACAGUGACAUAACUGGAGAAGACACAAGCUCGGACAACAUGAAGCAAUUUGGAGGAGAGAUUUUAGAUGCCUACUUCCCCCUCCUCUCAACCCAUAACGACACGGAUGCUAUCGCACUUUCUACGGCCGAGCACAAAUCCGGGGCACAGUCAUUAACCACAACUUCGGCACUCCACAAGGAUACCUGGUACGAAAAGAUAUUCUUGCCAAAGAUUGGUACAUACUACAAGGGUGAUUUGGUUUGGACAAGAAAGACCAUCCAGAAACAGGCCAACGAUGAUUCUCGCUACUGGGUUAUCAAGGACCAAAAGGUGUAUGACUUGACCGACUACUUCUACACACUCAAAAGGAUGAACAAUAUCGACGAAUACAGUUGGCUACCGUCGGCUGUGACUACUCUCUUCAAGGACAACAUGGGCGAAGAUGUCACAGACAAAUGGCAGGAUACAACGGAUUUCAGGAAUGCCCAGACAUGUCUCGACUUUGUCUUCUAUGUCGGCAAAGUUGAUUUCCGUGACAGUCCACGGUGCACGGUCAACAACUGGAUCCUGCUCACCUUCACCAUUCUCAUCUGCUCUGUCAUCCUGAUCAAGUUCCUGGCAGCUCUGCAGCUGGGAUCCAAACGUCGGCCCACGCCCCAGGACAAGUUUGUCAUUUGUAUGGUUCCUGCAUAUACUGAGGGUGAAAACGAUCUCCGGAAAGGUCUUGACUCUCUUACUGCCUUGCAGUACGACAACAAGAGAAAGCUAAUCUUUGUCAUCUGUGAUGGUAUGAUUGUUGGUGGUGGAAAUGACCGCCCCACGCCCAAGAUCGUUCUGGACAUUCUUGGGGUUGAUCCUAAGAUGGACCCACCGGCACUGCCAUGCAAAUCACUCGGCCAGGGAAGUGAACAGCUGAACUACGGCAAGGUUUACUCCGGAUUGUAUGAGUACGAAGGCAAUGUCGUCCCUUAUAUUGUGGUCGUCAAAGUUGGCAAGGAAUCCGAGCAGCGCAAGUCCAAGCCUGGCAAUCGUGGCAAGCGAGACACGCAGGUCCUCCUCAUGCAGUUCUUGAACCGUGUUCAUCACCGCUCACCCAUGUCGCCCCUAGAACUAGAGAUGUUCCACCAAAUCAACAACGUCAUCGGCGUAGAUCCAGAGCUAUACGAAUAUUGUCUCAUGGUCGAUGCAGAUACCACUGUCAGGGAGGAUUCUCUGAAUCGCUUAGUUGCCGCGUGUGCAGCAGAUGCCAAGAUCGCCGGUAUUUGCGGCGAGACUAGUCUUCAGAACGAGGAACGCAGUUGGUGGACGAUGAUUCAGGUUUACGAGUACUACAUCUCGCAUCACCUGGCUAAGGCAUUUGAGUCACUCUUCGGCAGUGUCACCUGUCUUCCUGGAUGUUUCACCAUGUAUCGCCUUCGAACUGCGGACAAGGGACGUCCUCUCAUCAUCUCGGACAAAGUCAUUCACGAUUACGCUGACAAUGAUGUUGACACUCUCCACAAGAAGAACCUCCUGUCUCUUGGUGAGGAUCGGUACCUGACAACCAUUAUGACUAAACAUUUCCCAUCAAUGUCGUACAAGUUUAUUCCCGAUGCCUACGCAAGCACAGCCGCCCCUGAUACCUGGAGUGUGCUCAUGUCCCAGAGACGUCGCUGGAUCAACUCCACAAUCCACAACCUCGUGGAACUGGCAGCUCUGGAAGAUCUCUGCGGUUUCUGUUGUUUCAGUAUGCGUUUCGUCGUUCUCGUCGAUCUGGUGGGAACUCUCAUCCUUCCCGCGACCUGCGUAUACCUCACCUACCUGAUCUACCUAGUUGCUAGUCAUACUGGUCCCUUCCCUAUGAUCUCAAUUAUCAUGCUGGCUGGUGUAUAUGGUCUACAGGCGAUCAUCUUCAUUGUCAAACGGCAGUGGCAACACAUCGGAUGGAUGAUCAUCUACCUUCUUGCGUAUCCGAUCUACAACUUCAUCCUGCCGCUGUAUGCCUUCUGGAAACAAGACGAUUUCGGAUGGGGUACUACACGUAUUGUCAUCGGCGAGAAGGGCGACAAGCGAGUCAUCGCCGUGGAAGAUGAGCCCUUCGACCCACGCAGCAUCCCACUCCAGCGCUGGGAUGACUACGCCAUGGCCAAUAACCUCCCUGGCCGCCGCGGUGAUCUCAGCGCCAGCCAAGAGAAGAUCUACGCUGCUGGCCGAUACGACGACAUGGCUAUGGAGAUGGAUGACAUGCACUCGCAAUACUCAUCUGUCAAGCCAGCCUCCACCAUUCUCACCGGAUUCCCAGGCCAGGGCCGCCACCACCCCUACCUACCCCCGCAGUCGCCCGCACCCUUCGUUGGCGGCAACAUGCCAGGCAACCGCAACUCGCACAUGUCAAACUUCUCCCGCUACACGGACAUGCCGCAAGCAGGCGCUCAGAUGGGUGGCCACUCUGCCCAGGCCUCCCGGCACAUGUCCAUGGGUGGCCUUAGCGCCUACCAGGACAACCCGAUGGCCGCGAGCAGACACAGCGUGGGCAUGAUGCAGAGCAGUGAUAACCUCCUCGGCAAUGCUGGCUCUCGCAGCCCCCUGCCUCAGUACCUCUCUCGACCUGCCAGCACUGCCUUUGAUUUCCGUUCUGCCAGUGGACCCGAUGAGGGUGCCAUUACCGAGGCAAUUCGCGGUUGUCUGGCCGAGGUUGAUCUAGAUACUGUCACCAAAAAACAGGUCCGCGUUCUCGUCGAACACCGCCUGCAAACCUCGCUCACGGGCGACAAGCGAGCCUUCCUGGACCGACAGAUCGACCAGGAAUUGGCUAACAUGUGAUUUUUUUAAACUUGUAAUAUGCACUCUGCAUCCCCAUUCAUCUAGCACGUGUUUUUCUAUUUUUUUCU